AUGUCUAUUGUAGAAUCAGUGUAUGAGCCCUUGGGUGGCCGAGUAUUGAUUUAUGGAAUUAUACUGGUAGUCGUUCUGUUCCAGAUUGUGCGCUACUUCCUUUCUCCAAUUCACCGUCUCCCUGGUCCCGUCACGGCCAAGUUAUCGACCUUCUGGCUCGCAUCACAAUGCCAAAAAGUCCGACGAUCCGAGGAAGUACUAAAGUUGCACCGGAAGCACGGCGACUUUGUUCAAAUUGCGCCCAAUCAUGUGUCAAUCAAUACCCCCGAUGCGAUUCAACAGAUAUAUGGCCAUAAGACCGGAUUUGUCAAGGGCCCCUUCUACGAUGCGUUCCACCAGGUGACACCAGUAGUCUUUAAUACCAGAAAUGUCACAGAGCACACACGAAAGAGGAAGUAUAUCAAUCCCGCAUUUUCCGCUCGUGCUUUGUCGGGCUUUGAGCCUCAUAUGGAUGCUGAGAUUGUUGCAUGGAAGCGCCAACUACUUAAGAUUUCCAGCGGAUCAAGCCCACGUGUCGACUUUUCUGUUUGGACAAAUUACCUGGCCUUUGACGUUAUUGCUAGCUUCGCCUUUGGUGAGCACUUUGGCUUCGUUGAGAAAGGCGAAGACGAGUAUGGUCUCAUCAAGAUCAUUGACACCCGCGGCGAGUUUAUGAACGCCCUUGGAUCCCUUUCGCCUUUCCUGAGAUCUGUGAUGAGGUACAAUCCUUUUGACUCAUUCUGGAAAAAUGGAUUCAGGGCAUCAGCAGGCCUUGCAAAGAUUGGAAAGGAGGCAUUCGAGAAGCGAAAAUCCUCAGCUGAUAAUAGCCGAAAAGACUUACUAAGCUUCCUCUUCAAUGCUAAAGAUCCGGAUACGAAGCAACCAAUCCCAGAAGACGAAAUCAUUGCCGAGUCCAUCAGCUUUAUCGUUGGCGGAAGCGAUACAACGAGUAGCACCAUGACCAACUUUAUCGACUUUGUGGCUCGUGAUGAGGACUUGCAGCUACGGAUCCAACAAGAGAUGGACAUUAUAUUCCCAGGUGAGCCAUCUGAUGACUGGGUGCCGAGUGAGAAAAAGUUGAACGACCUGUCUUUAUUGCUUGCAACUUUGAGGGAAGUCAUGCGUUUUCGGCCAACCAGUGCCACUGGACUAGAGCGAGUGACGCCACAAGGUGGAAAGCCCAUAGCCGGACAGUUCAUACCAGCGGAGACAUUAGUUAGCGUCCCAACCUUGGGCGUCAUGAUGGAUCCAAGGAUCUUCGAAUCACCCGAGACAUUCAGACCAGAACGGUGGCUUGAACCAGGGGCGGAUGAGCUUAUGGAGUACUUUUACCCAUUUUCAACGGGACCAAGAUCAUGCAUCGGAAGAAACUUUGCAUGGAUGGAGAUCUUGAAGGCAGUAGCGGUUGUGUUUAAACUAUUUCAUGUCAAGAGAAUCAACCCGAACCCUACAGUGAUCAGAGAAGGUUUCUUCAACAAGGCUGUUGAAUGUGAAGUCGAGAUGCACAAGAGGCGCUUCAAUUAG